AUGUGCAGAAUUCGCCGCUGCGUUGCUGCUGGUCGUCCGCAACCAAUGCCGUUGCGGUUGUCGUGUAAUCCAUGCAUGAAACGACAUGCCGACAUGCCAGUGCCGCAUAGUCGUCUCGUUGAAAACUCAAUAGCGCCUCCUAACCGCGGCAGGUUUCCAGCGGUAGUUUCAAACGCGUCGCACCGGUCUUAUUACGGUCAGGUGACAGGGAAGAAAAAUGCGUUCGUCGCACUCGGCCAAAGUCGCUCAGAGUACGACGCCGCGGUGGCACUCGUUGCACGCACCGCAGCAGUCCGUUACGAAGCACAGGCACAGCAGUUCGCCUCAGUACAGUAG